ACGAUCACCGUUCACAACAAUUGCCCUAGCGUUCUCACGAUCGGCAGAUCUGAAAGCGGACAACUGACAGGCACAUCCAUUGCGGUCAAGCUGCAGAGGACACAUACAUCUACGCUGUCACCACACUGGAAAAGUCGCGUCUGCGCUCGAACGAGCUGUCAAGGCCGCAAAUGCAAUUAUGCAGGUUUGGGUGCACCGGCAUCACUUGCCGAAUUUUUAUUUCACGACGACAAUGAGAAUCUCGAUUAUUACGACAUUUCCUUUGUCGACGGAUAA